AUGCGCCCCCAGCAAGUCCUCCUGGCCCUCCUCGCCCUCCUCGGCCUCGCGGCGUCCCAGGCCUCGGGGACGGGCAGCACGACGCGGUACUGGGACUGCUGCAAGCCCUCGUGCGCGUGGCCGGGCAAGGCGUCGCUGGCGUCGGGGCCGGUGGGCACGUGCGACCGCAACGACAACCCGCUCAACGACGGCGGGGCGACGCGGUCCGGGUGCGACUCGGGCGGGUCGGCGUACAUGUGCAGCGCGCACUCGCCGUGGGCCGUGAGCGACGCGCUGUCGUACGGGUGGGCGGCGGUGCGGAUCGCGGGGGGAAGCGAGGCGAGCUGGUGCUGCGCGUGCUACGAGCUGACGUUCACGAGCGGGCCGGUGGCGGGGAAGAAGAUGGUCGUGCAGGCGACCAAUACCGGUGGCGACCUGGGGAGUAACCACUUUGACCUUGCUAUUCCCGGUGGCGGCGUCGGCCAAUUCAAUGCUUGCACCAACCAAUAUGGCGCCCCAAGUAACGGAUGGGGCGAACGAUACGGAGGCGUCAAGUCCAGGGCCGAGUGCGACUCGUUCCCGGCGAAGCUCAAGGCCGGUUGCUACUGGCGAUUCGACUGGUUCCAGGGUGCUGACAACCCGAGCGUAUCCUUCAAGGAGGUUCUGCUAUUCAGUAAUCCUGUGUGGUCGGGUGCCAAUACAGUCCCUUCGACCAUCAUCAGAAAUAUCACCUCCCUCUCAAAGAACAUAGCAUAUCAAGACACCAUCCUAGCAAACCUCACUACUCUGAGCAGCACGAACUCCGAAACCCAGGAUGGCAUCAUCAGAGGCCUUCUCUACGUACCCGACCUCAGCAUAGCAAACCCGUGUUACCAACAGCAGUACGACAUCAUCCCCCGAAAUGCGACUACCCAAGCCAACCUUCCUCCAACCAACUACAACCUCAUUGCUCUGGCUCCGUGGUUCAAUGCUACAUGCACUCAGGCUUACCUCGCUUCUGCCCGCCUCGAUCCGAUCCGAGCCUUCAUAUUCUAUAGGCCCAACAACUCGACUAGGGAGCCUCAGGGGGCCGAUUCGCCAAUAUGGGACCUCGGCGACGACGACGCGUGGCGUUCCCAGAAUCGCUUUCCAAUCUUCGCCAUUCCCGGCUCCGAAGGCACCAAGAUGAUGCAGCAACUGAGUUUAUACUCCGGAAAUCUGUCUUCAGUACCUUACGGGGACCAGAUCCAGGACAUUUACGAUCCUCAUGACAACGACUUUGUCCGCAUAUGGACCGAGCUGACAGUGAAGGACCACGACAGCGUGCCUGCCAUGUGGACAUGGAUUCUCACUGUCGUCGGCGUUGUACUUUUUAUUAUUGCUUGUCUAUCACUCACAAUGCACCUGGUACAGCGCAGACGAAGAAUAUCACUACGACGAAGGGUGUUGACUGGUGAAGUUGACCUUGAAGCCAUGGGCAUCAAGCGGGUUACGGUGCCAGUCAACCACGUCAAAAACUUCCCGCUCUUCACGUACAGCUUUCAGCCAGAAAUGAUCAGCACGCCUUCGACGACGAGACCGCCCAAAUCUGUCAGGUCUCCCCGGAGCCAACGAACCGUAUCCGAGCAUGCCAUCACGAAAUCGAGAGCUAGGAGAUCCAGCGUCAAUAGCGCCACGAGCACUGUUGCUACGAACUUUCAACCUCAGUGCCACAUUUGCUUGGAAAACUACGUCGACCGAGAUUCGAUCAUUCGAGAACUGCCGUGCGGGCACAUCUUCCACCCGGAGUGCAUCGACGAAUUUCUGAGCCUGAAUAGCUCACUAUGCCCGAUUUGCAAGCGGAAUAUGUUGCCGCGUAAUUAUUGCCCUAAAAUCACGAACGGGAUGGUGCGUCGCGAGCGGGCCGUUCGACGUUUGAGAGAGAGGGUAGUGGUUGUCGAGUCAGACGACGAGGAAGAGGAGGUGAAGGGCAAAGGUUGGGGCAGACGGCUAUUCGGCACGGACAAAGCGGCAUCAUCCCCGAAGGAAACCCCGAUGACGCCCGUGACACCUUCCAAGUCUCCGAAAACACCUCAAGAGUCAGCGGGCGCUCGUACCCCUGCUCCGGCAGAGACGGAAGCCAGGCGCAGGUCAACCCUUGAGCCAACUCAAGAGGAGCAAGAAGAUUCGACAUCAAGUCAGUCUGAUGGACAUGAAUCCACACAACCGCAAACACAACCGCAACAGCAGCCGCAACCGCCCCAACCUGCGCCGGCUGCUCAUCACGGUCUUAAAAACAAACGGAGAAAACCUGGCGGUUUACGACUCCGCAUGCCCGAGUCAGUGGAGCCCCAUCAAAAGCCGGAGGGACGUAAGAGUCCCUCCGCCUUGGCACGGGCUCGGAUGCGGGCGCUUGCGGGUACACCGCUUGACGACCCCGAUGGGCGUAAUCCAAUAUGGAAGCGUUAUGUCGUCAAGGUUUUCCCGGGUUUUUCAUGA